AUGGCAGAUUUCACUCAUCAUGCACAACUGAGGUGUGUGUAUGUGUGUGUAUACAAGCACACAUAUUAAAAGGCAAACUUUGGAUCCAUUUUUUUCCUAUUGUUGAGUUUCUCUUGUCCUUUCCUUUCAGUUCCAGGUCUGAGGUUUUUGUGCACUCAUGUAUUUUCAUUUUACCAGCCCUUUACUGUUUUUGCUCUAAGCUCUCUCUUUUCUCAACUCACCUCACCUUUCAGCAGCAUGUGCCAAGGGAGAUGUGGGUACAGGAGAGGGUCAAUGGUUAUAUGCCAACUAUGAGGUUCAUGUGGUUUUCUUCAUCCCCAGCAAACUGCAAGAGUUUGGGGCUUCAAUGGCUGUGGCCAGGGUUCAGAAACAUUAGGGACUGCGAAGAAUCUGAGCAGAUAAAUCAAUUGGAUUUCUUUUACCUUCUUGCCUUCCCACAACUUUCACACCUUGGCCAUGUCCUGCCCAUUAACCAUCCUGCUAGAUACUUCCCCUUAUACUUCCGGGUACCGGUGCAGAUACCCUGUGUCCUCAAUCCCUAUACAACCUUUGCCUUGGUACUAUAUACUUUUGAGUUACCCCUAUGUCCUACAUCAAGUUCUAUUAUACUCACCCCUAUCCUGUGGACUUUGGGUGAAUUGCAAAUGUGAUUGUGGGUAGUGGUGUAAGAACGCCUUUAAGAGACAUAUUAUAUGCCUGAGAUGAAGUUAACAAGAGAAACAUCUAGAAUGGCUGAAAAAUAUUUCAUGAGCAAUUGAAGAACAGAACCUGUGAGGUCUGAGAAAUGAGGUCAUCUCUAUCUCUUCUAUCGUCUCUCUGUGUUCCAUUGUACCAUCCUCCCUACCUCUCCCAAUCCUUGUCAUGCACACUUACUAUGCUUUCAUAUUUGUUCCAUUCUCUUGUUUAUAGAUGAAAGAUUGUCCUAGGAGGCUAUGCUGAGAGGGAUAUUGCAUGUGGAAAUGACACAACUCCUUUAGGUGACUACAGGUAAAAACUUUUUUAGUGAUUAUAUGACCCUGAGAAGAAACUAAAGGGUUACAAAGUUUGCAUAAUGUGAAGAACUUUGAAUAACCAUUAUAAUUCUAGAGCAUUAAUGCCUUUCUUGUUUUUGUUCCUCUUCAUUUUCUUAUAUGUGAUAACUUUAGAGCACUCUAGCUGAUAAAUCAAUGGAUGGAGCAAAUCACUCUGUGGUGUCAGAGUUUGUGUUCCUAGGACUCUCCAAUUCCUGGGAGAUUCAACUUGUCCUCUUUGUGUUCUUCUCCAUGUUUUAUGUAGCAAGCAUGAUGGGGAACUCCCUCAUUGUCCUUACAGUGACUUCUGACCCUCACUUACACUCCCCCAUGUACCUUCUGUUGGCCAAUCUCUCCUUCAUUGACCUGGGUGUUUCUUCUGUCACUUCCCCCAAGAUGAUUUACGACCUUUUCAGAAAGUGCAAAGUCAUCUCCUUUGGAGGCUGCAUUGCUCAGGUCUUCUUCAUUCACCUCAUUGGUGGUGUGGAGAUGGUGCUGCUCAUAGCCAUGGCCUUUGACAGAUAUGUGGCUAUUUGUAAGCCUCUCCACUAUUUUACUACUAUGAACCCAAAAAUGUGUAUUUUGCUCUUGCUUGCUGCAUGGAUAAUUGGUUUGAUUCACUCUGUGUUUCAACUAGUUUUUGUUAUAAAAUUACCAUUUUGUGGCCCUAAUGUGCUGGACAGCUUUUACUGUGAUCUCCCUCGAUUAAUCAAACUUGCCUGCAUAGACACCUACAAACUAGAGUUCAUGGUCACAGCCAACAGUGGGUUUAUAUCUCUGGGAACAUUCUUCAUAUUGAUCAUCUCCUACAUUUUUAUCCUGAUCACUGCUCAGAAACGCUCUUCAGGUGGCUCAUCCAAGACUCUCUCCACUUUAUCAACUCAUAUCAUGGUGGUGAUUUUGUUCUUUGGUCCUUGCAUCUUUGUUUAUACCUGGCCUCAUCCCACAUCACACCUAGACAAAUUCCUUGCCAUUUUUGAUGCAGUUCUCACUCCUUUUCUGAAUCCAGUCAUCUACACAUUGAGGAACAAAGAGAUGAAGACGGCAAUGAGGAGAGUAUGCAGUCAGCUUCUUGUUUACAGAAGGAUUUCUUAAGAGACAAAAGUAUUUUGAAGUUUCCUUACUGUCUUGAAGUAACAUUAAAUUUAUAUUAUUUCAAUAGCAGGAGUUUCCAAGUAUAUUACUAAUAU